AUGCCCACUGCUCCGUUUGACCAGGAGUCAUUUGCACACUCUGGAUUACCUGUUGGACGCUCUGCUAAUGGCCAGCAUGUCAUGGAGACGCUGAAAAGAGGCAUGCCAGCUGGGCUAGCCUCUGACCGCAAAAAGUCGCAAGGUGUAGAUGCCCUCAUUCACACUAACCAAAGCAGCACCGUCCCCACACUUAUUGUUCCACCUCCAAAAUCACGCAAGAGCCGAGUACGCAACCACUCACACGGAGGAGCACCGGCCUCGGAGAAAACCCCCAAUUGGGCUAACUUGCCUAUUGGGCUUGGCCGCCCUGCUCUGACUGAGCCCGAGGAGAUAGCUAUGCUGCGUGGCCUGCUGACCAAUUGGCCUGCAUACUCGAACGCCUCAAGGGCCGAAUUCAAUCAAGUAAUGACCUUCUACAAGGCUCGCAUGCAGCGGCAAAUUGAGCUGUCCGAUCUACAAUCCAAGAAAUAUUUAGUUUUCGUAGAUGCAGUCAAGCUACUUGUCGAUAUGCAAACUGCAUAUACACAACUUCAGAUGCAAUCCAUGAAGAACAAUAGUGGAGAUCUUGGCAGAAUGGCAGACGAGGCGUUCGAGGCCAUUCAAUGGUUGCAGAGUGAUGUGCAGGCAGCGGGGAAGAGCCUAGUCGUAUGGCUCAAAAAAUAA